CAAAAAUACAUCCCACAUAGUGAUUCAUUCAGUCAGUUAGUCAGUCAUCACACAGACAGACAGACAGGUCAGGACGCUCCAUUGUUCUAGGAGUUGAUUUUCAUCAAACUCAUCAUUACCAAGAGAUUGUGAUUGAUAUGUCAGGCAUACAGACUACUCUGGUGACCCUGCUAUGGCUGUGGGGAUGGUGGCUGACCCCCGUUCAGCCCUCGUGCACCACGGGCCGGCCAGCAAGGUGCAAGGCUGCCAUGUCAGCUCCUGGUACCAACCUGGCGGGCGAGGGUUUCAACAUUGUCACCAUGGAGCGCAAGCAGGCCUAUGUUGUUGAUGUGGACAACUGGAAGACUCCAGAUGGAGCCUGUACCCUCUGUGUUAACCCUUUCAUGGAGGGCCAGACUCAGAGGCUGCCCGCAGCUGUGGUGGACUGGCGUCCCUUGCAUCAGUGUCACAUGAAGUUGUCCAGCAUCGUCUUCGACUCCAGCGAGUCGUUUGUGAGCAGCAGCCAGACAGAUGUGGACGGCAGUUGGCAGAUUGGUCUGGACGUUAAUAUUCCCAACGCUAAUGGGUCGGCCAUGGUGGGGGGUACCCACUCCAGAGCUGCCAAGACGGUGAUGAGCCAGUCCAAGGAGGACAAGUACAGCUUCAUCAAACAGGAUAUACACUGCUCCUAUUACAGUUGCCGCCUGAUAGAGGACCCUCCCCUGCACCCCGAGUUCUCUCGCUCCCUGGGCAUCCUGCCCCCCCUCUACACCGACCAGACCAAGGCUGACUACAAUCGUUUCCUCGCGACCUUCGGUACCCACUAUAUCCGGAAGGUUAAACUGGGGGGGCGGGUGAAGGGCGUCACCUCACUGCGCGUGUGCAAGGCGGCCGUCAAUGGUUACAACGAGAACGAGGUUAAGGACUGCCUGGAGGCCGAGGCCUCUGUCGCCACCAACUGCGGAACAGCCGAAGCCAAUGCAGAGACAAAGUUCUGCAAGAGUGACCUCAAAAAACAUAACACCAGUGACACCUUCAGCAGUACCUUCGAUGAGAGGUUUACCGAGGUGGUGGGGGGACAGACGGACGGAACGCCCGACCUGCUCUUCUCCAAGAUUGGUGAAAACUCCAAGGCCUUCGCUGAUUGGGCAAGUAGCCUGAAAACCAUACCUGAUAUCAUCAACUACUCUCUCCAUCCUCUCCACCUAUUGGUGAAAAAAGCCAGCAAGAGGGCGGGGCUGAAGAAGGCCGUGGAGGACUACAUCCUGAAACACGCCCUGUUCAAGCACUGCUCUGGGAAGUGCAAGGGAAGCUCCAGGUCCAGUGCCCAUGACUCCUGUCAGUGUGUGUGCCAGACCAGUAAGGAGAUGACCAGCCAAUGCUGCCCGCAGGAGAAGGGCUUGGCUCACCUUACCGUCACCGUGAAGAAAGCCAGGGACCUCUGGGGAGACACCACCUCCCAGACCGACGGCUUUGUCAAGGUGCUCAUGGGAAAAGACUUCAAGCAGACCAGGGUGAUCCAUAACAACGACAACCCCAUGUGGAAGGAGGUCUUCAAAUUUGGGACAGUCAAACUCUCCCUGGCCAGCGAACUCAAGUUCACUGUAUACGAUGAAGACAAUUGGUCGAACGAACUCCUGGGGGAAUGCAAAGUCCAGCCCGUCAAAGCUGGGAUUCACGACAAUAUGUGUCCCAUGAGUCACGGCAGCCUGUUCUACUCCUACAAGGUCGACUGCGCCCCAGGGCUUCGGGGCCAGACAUGUGGGGAGUACGCCCCUUCCGGGAUGAACUCUGACCUCUCUUACCUCUAUACCUCCCGCAACGCCCUGAACAUGACUCAGGAACUGCUGGCUCACAUCCGGAUGGGCCAGCCCCUAGGAGACCCUUUGACCUUCUUGGUGAAGCAGAAGGAUAAUGAUCACCCUGCCCUCAGUGAGCCGUGAUUAAAAUAUAUGCCCUGUAAUGCACUGUAAACCUUAGUCUGCCUAUCUAACCUUAAUGCAUACCAUUUCUAAUCGCUUGAUCUUUAAAAAAAUAUAAAAUGUAACCUGUAUUUAACUAGGCAAGUCAGUUAAGAACAAAUUCUUAUUUAAAAUGGCGGCCUACCGGGGAACAGUGGGUUGACUAUCUUGUUCAGGGGCAGAACGACAGAUUUUUACCUUGUCAGCUCUGGGAUUCGAUCCAGCAACCUUUCGUUACUGGCCCAACACUAACCAAUCGGCUAGAUUAAAGAUAGUGUUUUCAACAUGCAUAUGACACACUGACAUACAGUGCCUUAGGAAAGUAUUCAGACCUUUCGACUUUUUCUAAAUGUUACGUUACAGCCUUAUUCUAAAAUGUAUUAAAUAAAAACAUCUCAGCAAUCUACACACAAUACCCCAUAAUGACAAAGCAAAAACAGGUUUUUUGAAAUGUUUGCAAAUGUAUUAAAUAAAAAACAGAAAUACCUUA